AUGGCUGCGGCGGCGCGAGGCGCUCACUGGCACGAGGACGGCGGCGCCCCGAGCGGCAUCCCCUGCCGGCCCGCCCGCCUGCGCCGCGCCGCGCCGCGCCGUGCUCGGCGCCCGCCCGCCCCGGAACGAGGCCGCAGCGCCACCGCCCCGCCCCGCCUGUCACCGCCGGGGAGCGUCGCUAAAGUACGCCGUCCGCCCUCGACGCCCGCUGUCACCGCCGGGGAGCGUCGCCAAACGCCCCGACGUCCCGCCCCCUUCGUCCGGGCAGGAGGUCGGAAGUGUGGGUGGGCCCAGCAACAGCCGCGGGAGCCGUCGGGCCCCGCGCGUUCCAGCGAUCCGGCCGUUAGUCUGGCCCCGCCUCCGCCCCCGCCCUGGGAGGCCGACCGAGGCUGCCUGGGCGGGGCGAAAGCCCAGGCGCAGGCGCGGGAGCGGCCCGGGGGCGUGACCAAACUGGGUUCGCGGGCGCGCGCGGGCACGCGCCGGCGCAGCCCCACAUGCCGCCCCAGUCCGCCUGGCGCUCCGCGGGGUCCGGUUCCGUGGCCCUCCGCCUGCCCCGAUGCCGGGUCCGGCCUGGCCAUGGGCGCGGGCUCAGUGCGGGCGCGGUACCUCGUGUACUUCCAGUACUUGGGCACGGACUUUAACGGGGUCGCGGCAGUCAGGGGCGCCCAGCACGCCAUCGGAGUCCAGAACUACCUGGAGGAGGCCGCAGAGCGGCUGAACUCGGUGGUGCCGGUAAAGUUCACUAUCUCCAGCCGCACGGAUGCUGGGGUCCAUGCCCUGAGCAACGCGGCGCACCUGGACGUCCAGCGCCGCUCAGGCUGGCCCCCCUUCUCCCCUGAAGUCCUGACGCAAGCCCUCAACAGUCACCUGAGGCACCCGGCCAUCCGGGUACUGCAGGCCUUCCGUGUGCCCAGCCACUUCCACGCCCGCCACGCAGCCACGUCCAGGACCUACCUGUACCGUCUGGUUACCGGCUGCCGCAGGCCUGACCAGCUGCCCGUGUUUGAACGAAACCGGUGCUGGGCGCUUCGGGCUGACUGCUUGGACGUGGCUGCCAUGCGGGAGGCCGCCCAGCACCUCCUGGGGACACAUGAUUUCAGGGCCUUCCAGUCGGCUGGCAGCCCGGCCACCAGCCCGGUGCGCACCCUGCGCCGAGCCUCCGUGUCUCCAGACCCUGCCAGCAGCCCCUUUGUCCUCCCUGAGGAGAGCAGGCGGUUGCGGUUCUGGAGCCUGGAGUUUGAGAGCCAGUCCUUCCUAUACAGACAGGUGCGGAGAAUGACAUCUGUGCUGGUGGCCGUGGGGCUGGGGGCUUUGAUGCCUGCUCAGGUGAAGGUGAUUCUGGAAAGCCAGGACCCUCUGGGCAGGCACCAGAGCCGUGUGGCUCCCGCCCACGGCUUGUUCCUGAAGGCGGUGCUCUACGAGGGCUUCGGUAAGAGGCGGCGUGGAGAGAUUCCCUGCUUGUACCCCGAGGUCCCUGCUUGCUCUGGCCUGGCCCCUGCAGAGACUGUCACGCCCCCAGGAUGA